AUGAAGAUUGCCUUGUGUUUAGUGCUUGUGAUUUUGUUCCAGUUUGGGAACUGCCAAGAAAUACCCGAGGAGGUGUCGAGUGAAGAUGAAAAACUUUCGGAAGGCGAAAAAAAACUCAGUCAUAAUAUCUUGGCUAUUCUGGAGCAUUAUAAACAGCCGGAUCCCACGGGGCUGCCGGGAGCUAAACUACCAGAUCCAUACCCAGUUCCGGACGUCAAACAGUCACUCACUCUUGGAACUAUGCAUUUUAAAAACAUAGCUUUGUAUGGAACUAACGAAUUCCGUCUAAAUUACGUUAAGGCCGAUAUCGGAGCAAUGGAGGCCCACGCCGUGAUGACUCUCGAAAAAUUGCAAGCACGCGGCAACUACACCUUCGCGACGUGGUUCAAUUCGGUUCGGGGCCCGUUCACUGUUCACAUAACAGGACUGAGGGUGACAGCGAACGCGGGCCUUCAAGUAGAGCGAGACGGUAAAAUCAGAGCGGAAAACAUCGUCAUGGACUUAUCGGCCAGCAACAUCGCUGUGAACCUGGAAAACGCAGAAAUCAUCUCAGGAUUUAUCAACACCAUCGGACCGUUCAUCUUCGAUUCGAUCAAACCUUACGUCCUCAAGGAAGCUUAUGCCACCAUCAAAACCACGAUGAACGAAAAGAUUGAUGAAGUGGCGGGCGAUUUGCAGUUCCCAAACUCUAUAUCGCCACUGGAUAUGGUCAUUGCUGAUGUAAGGAAAAAAGUUCACCAAAUGGACAUGGAUCCUUAUAAAAUCAAAGAUUACAACACAAGCGUUAGCGUCUUCGUUGUUACUCUAGCCGAAACCUGGGUUAUGGGGAUCUCGUCGUUCCAACGAGUUGGCAACAUUUCACUGAUAAUGGAAAACAAUACGGCCGUAGCCGAUUUCGAAAUCGGAACUCAGAAAUUAGAAGGCCAGACUAAAUGGGAGAUAUCUGCGAUUAGCGGUCUACUAUCAAGAGCUGGGACUGCAUCGUUUUCAGUUGAAUACAUAAGCGCGAGGAUUAUCUUAGGUCAGCCUUUGGAUACUCGGAAGAAACCACAGUUUCGAAGCCUGGAUCUCGAGGUUGGUAACAUACAAGUGCGUUGCAACGGCGCUGGAACACUAGACUAUGUUAUAGAAUUCGUCGUGAACAUUUUGCCGAACCUCCUCCGAUACCAGAUCAUGGACGCGAUCGAGGGUCCACUCAAAGAAAGAGUUCAGUCGGAGCUCGACAAAUUGGAUGUUGAGGAAAUGAUACAUGAGAAGCUGCCCGAAAUAGAUGAAAUGGCUGAGAGCGGCUUCAAACUGUCAAGCAUCAUCGGUAAAAGCGAAGACGAAAAAGACAUUCGCUAUGAUGACGAUGAUUUUUUUAACUUUUAGAUAAUUAGUUUUUAGAUUGACAAUUUUUUUUACGUAAUAUUAAUUUUGUGACUUCAACGAAGCAGAAAGCAAACCAAAGAUGCUGUAAAA